AUGAAAGCAGACAGAGUGAAAUCUGAUGAGUAUGAAAACCUUGACGAGGAGCUUAAGGUAGAUAUCAUCGGAACGUGGAGCAUUCCUUUUGGUCCUCUUGCUCUUUCCACCAGCAACAAGAUCUAUACCCUGGGCUUCAUCAACAAAAUAGUCUCCUUCAUCCACACACCACCAGAAUCUAUUCACGAUAAUUAUCUUACAUUGCAGCCACCAUCGAGCCUUCUCCCUGGAAAACGAAGGGGAGAGCACGAGGGGGUUUCAGAGAGAGAUCGAGAAGGAGGAUGUAGCAACGAUGUUAGAGGUGAUGGUGGUGGUGCCGCACCAUAUUUGGUGACCCAGCGAACCUAUGCCGACCCUAGUAUUCGUAUUACUACUACUCGUUUCACAAGCUCACGAGCCAUUUGAUUCAAAUAGAAGAAUGGGGUUGCGAACGAUUCAAGAAAAUGGUUGACAUAUGGAUGAAUUUUGCAAGUUUUUUUUUCCUUUGAAGUGAUUUAAUCAUUGUUGAGUAUAAUCAUGUAUAAAUAUAUGAAACCAGUCUCGGCAUAUUCAUUUAUAAACAUAACAAUAUAAAUGUAUAACCUCAAUAUUUGGAAAAUUUAUUUAUGA